AUGAUGUUUCCCUUGGCUAGAAAUAUAUUGAGAAGUGUCAAGAUUCAAAGUUUUCAGCAAAUAAGGGCAAAACAGAGCCAGAAGAAACACUCUGAAAAUUUUCAUGACAAACAUGGUGGCAUUAUACUAGCCGGUGGCUCCGUUUUCUGUGUCGUUGCAUGGUUAAUUACAACUACACAGAUUGGAAUAGAAUGGAACCUGUCCCCUGUUCGCAGAGUCACUCCACAAGAGUGGAAAGAUUAGUAACGAUCACAAUUAAUAUAACACAGAAUUGCUCAAAAUCAACCUUUCAUUUAAGCAAUUUGCCACUGAUUUAAAUGUAGCAUAAUUUAAAAAUUAAAAUACUUUGAAACCUUCAAAUCCAUUGAAAGUUGUUAUUACAAUGCCUGGAAACAUGGUUGUAAGAGUGGGUAUAGAUUAUAGGGAAUUAAGAAUAAUAUUUGAAAGAAGAGUUAAUAAAGCAUGUGUGCUUCUGGC